AUGAAGGAUCAAAUCCAACAAAUAGGGGAAAGGAUGAAAGCUGCCCAGGAUAGACAGGAGAGCUAUGCUAAACAUCGAAGAAGGAACAUCGAGUUCGAAGUUGGCGAUUGGAUUUAUCUCAAAGUAUCGCCUAUGAAAGGAGUCUUUCGGUUUGGAAAGAAGGGGAAUCUAAGUCCAAGAUAUGUGGGAUCAUAUGAGAUUCUGGAAAGAGUAGGAGCUGCCACUUAUAGACUGGAUCUUCCUAGUGACUUCCAAGGAAUUCCCAAUGUCUUCCAUGUAUCUUCCCUCAAAAAGAGUUUCAAAAAACAAAUACCAGCCAGUGUUGAUACGAGGGAUAUUUCACUCCAACCGGACCUAACCUAUGAAGAAGUUCCUAUUCAGAUCACUGAUUGGAAGGAUAAGGAACUGCGGAAUCAGAAAAUUCCUUUGGGUAAGGUUUUGUGGCGGAAUCAUGAUAUUGAAGAAGCCACAUGGGAAAAAGAAGCUAACAAGCGAAGCAAAUACCCCUAUUUGUUUGGCAUGUUAUUUGUCUGGCAUCACAUCAUGGCAUUCGCAUUCAUCCAUUCAUGCAUAGCAUCCAUUGUCAUUUCACCCAUGUGA